AUGAAACAUUCAUUCCCUUUCCUAUCCCACAUCGCCCUCUCCCUUCUCUCCAUCUCCCUUACCCUCCCUUCGACUCACGCCAGCGCUCCUCCCAAAAUUCCAGGCUUCACUCUAACAUGGUCCGAUACCUUUUCUGGCCCCGCCGGUUCCCUCGCCUCCUCCUUAAAAUGGGAAUACGAAACCCCCGCCACAAACCAAAACAACGAAAUCCAACACUACACCUCCUCCCCCCUAAACGCCAACCUCUCCGGUUCCUCCACCCUCUACAUCACCCCUCUCUAUACCUCCGGAACAUGGACUUCCGCACGCAUCAGCACCCUAAAAAGUUGGGGCUGCGCCCCCAACGCCGAAAUGAUCAUUUCUGCCAGCAUCAAAAUGGGCAGUAGCGAUCCCACCCAUCAACAAGGUAUCUGGCCCGCCUUCUGGACCCUCGGCCAAACCUUCAAAAAAGAUAAUCGGUGGCCCGAAUGCGCGGAAUGGGAUAUCAUGGAGCAGGUUAAUGGGGCUUCGGCAAAUGUGGGGACCAUUCAUUAUGGAACUGCAGAGUAUCCGCUCGCGAUCGGAUCGCCAGAUCAGUGGGUGGAGAGAGCGGAGUGGCAUACGUAUGGGAUUCGUAUCUCCCGGGUGGGAGAGUGGCGGCAGCAGAGUAUUACGUGGGAGUUGGAUGGGAAGGCGUAUUUUACGGUUAGUGGGGGCAUGGUGGCAGAUUAUGAGAGUUGGGUGGCGUUGGUGGGGGAAACGUAUUUUGUUAUCUUGAAUGUGGCGGUGGGGGGGAUGUAUCCCGGAUUGCCGAAUGCGUUGACGAGGGGGGGAGGGGGGAGUGGAAUGGAGGUAGGGUGGGUGGCGGUUUAUAAUGGGGUGGGGAUGGGGGAUGGGGCGGGGGGAGGUUGGUGA